AAACUCUCCCUCAUCACCUCACAACUCCAAACGAUAUAUACCCAAUAUACAAAAUCCAUUAAAAUUAGAAAUGAGGACCUCUAGCAAAGCAAAGAAGCAAAGCAAGUUCAUGCACAUUAUUUGUGCACCCGUUAGGAUCUUAACCAAGGCAAGAAACUUUUACGUGAGGGGCCUGGAAGAUUAUGCCGGCAAGGUGGGUUAUGGUGGCGGUGGUGUGAGUGGUUACACUGCUUCACAAGUUUUGCCCAGGAGCUUCAGCGUCAAUUCUUCGAGUUCUAACGACGAUGAGGACUUGAGUCAGCUUCUAAGAACGGCGUCGUGCAAGAGAAGUAAUGCAGAGAAAGAGAGAGAGAACAAUAAUAUUAAGUCUGUUGGGAGAUCAGAUUUGCACAGAAGACCAAUAGUUAGACAACCCACAAACACUAUGAAUGGAAUGGGGUUGAGGAGUUACAGUGUUGGGUUGAAGAUGGGAAGAAUUGAUGAGGAGACAGCUUGUUCUUUUAUGGAAGAUAAGGUGGAUGUGAAUGCUGAUUUGUAUCCGAGAAGCAGAAGCCAUGCUGUUCGGAGAAGAAAUGUUGGGUUUGCAUAAUUAGCCAGCCAAGAACUGAUUUCUGAAAUAUUUUUUUAUUUGGAUGUAAAAACAAAAUGAAUUCGUUCAAAUUCUUUGUUUGAUUAUUUGGAUGCCAAAUUAUUUUCGAUACAGUGUUAGAGUUAAUUUGAAUUACCCUUAUUGGCCGCAAAUUUGUACUUUCUAAUUCCUAAUUAUAUUUAAAAAUGCUACUCAACAGGCGAA